AUGGCCUUGAAAAUGGCGCCGCGACUGAUGCUACUGAAAGCGUUGGCCAAAUCUGCCUGCCAUAUGAGGGCGCCCGGGUUUGCACUCAUGUAUGCUCUUGCUGAGUGGAUAAUAGCCUUGCUGCCUCCUUGGACGGCUACCCCGAACUGGAGCGGGAGGAAGAAGGAGCGGGCGGCGUCGGCUGUGGCGAAUAUCGCGGAUUUGGCGGCGAGGCGGAGGAAGCACUCGCCGAUGGCUAUAUGUCUGGUGCCUCCCACUGGUUUUUCCAGGGCGAGAAGCCUUGACGAGUCUAUGGGACCGUCUGAGGAGGGUGGGUGUUUGGAUCUCAAGGCGUCAAGCACCUCAGGCGAUGCUCUAGCCACUAGUGUUGCCUCUAACGCCAUGACUGCUCCGCGCAGACCCCCUCUCCGCGCCAAGCCCUCUGCUCGGGAGCGCCUUCCCAUGUCGUCAGUCUCCGCCAAUGUUGGUGGGGUGGCACCGCCUCCGGACAGGGACUCGGCCCACCAGCAACCUCUCUCCGCUCCUCUUCUCGUUGGCGGUCCGUCAGGCGCACCGCCUCCUGUCUCCCAACCGGCGCUUGUGCCGCAGCCGCUCGUCCAGGCUGUCGUCGCGGGCUCGGCGCCGGUGAUGAUGGUGGGCGCCGGCCCCGCCUCGGUCCGCCAGUUGUCCCCUGUGCCUGCGCCGCCAGCAUGCGGCGCCUUCCUCCGGGCUGCAGGGGCAUCGCGCGGAGUCCGAGAAUCGCCCCGCCGCGGGGUGCCAUGCGACGUCUCAUCGGGGGCGUGA